AGCUAGCAAGCUUCUCAGCCCAGUUGUCCACCAAACUGUGUCGGCAAGAGAGGUUUAAAAGUGUCCACACAUUUGUCGGUUCAGAUUUGAAGACGUGUUAAAACAACAUACGACUUGUGGCUUUGUUGUCUAGCCGAAUAAACAAGUCUUUAGGAGGAGGAAUGAACCAUAAGAGUAAGAAGAGGAUUAAAGAGGCGAAACGGAGCGCCAGACCCGAACUGAAGGAUUCAUUAGACUGGACAAAACACGGUUAUCAUGAGACUUUCGACCUGUCACACCACACCGUAAAGGACAACGUUGAGCGCAUCGACACCCUCCACAUCUCUCCUGAAGAGUUCAUCCAGCGUUUCGAGCGGCCUUACAAACCUGUCGUUCUCCUGAACUGCCAGGAGAGCUGGCCUGCUCGGGAAAAAUGGACUCUGGAGCGCCUCAAACGCAAAUACCGCAACCAGAAAUUCAAGUGUGGGGAGGACAACGAUGGCUACUCUGUGAAAAUGAAAAUGAAGUACUAUGUGGAGUACCUGGAGAGCACAAGGGACGACAGCCCGCUCUACAUCUUUGACAGCAGCUACGGUGAACACGCCAAGCGCCGGAAGCUGCUGGAGGACUACCAAGUGCCAGUCUUCUUCAGGGACGACCUGUUCCAGUUCGCAGGAGAGAAGCGCAGACCGCCAUAUAGGUGGUUUGUCAUGGGCCCUUCCCGCUCCGGUACAGGAAUCCACAUCGACCCGCUGGGCACCAGCGCCUGGAACGCCCUGGUUCAAGGACACAAGAGGUGGUGUCUGUUCCCCACUAACACUCCCCGUGAGCUCAUCAAGGUGACCAGAGAGGAUGGAGGCAACCAGCAGGACGAGGCUAUCACCUGGUUCAAUGUAAUUUAUCCGAGAACACAGCAGCCAAACUGGCCUCCAGAGUUCACACCGCUGGAGAUCCUCCAGAGACCCGGGGAGACCGUCUUUGUGCCUGGUGGCUGGUGGCACGUUGUUCUCAACUUGGACACGACAAUCGCCGUCACCCAAAACUUUGCCAGCACCACCAACUUCCCCAUCGUCUGGCACAAAACUGUGCGAGGACGGCCCAAACUCUCCAGGAAGUGGUAUCGUAUUUUGAAGCAGGAGAGGCCCGACCUCGCAGCACUGGCAGACAAAGUCGACCUGCAGGAGUCGACGGGCAUCGCCUCAGACAGCUCCAGCGACUCUUCAUCAUCGUCCUCCUCCAGCUCUUCUGACUCCGACUCUGAUGCCGACUCGGGCUCCGAGGACGACGCCAUGUCGCACCGCAGGAAGAAGAGGCGGACCUGCGGGAUGACGGCUAACGGGGACACCAGCGGUCAGGAUGACUGCGUCAGCAAGGAGAGGAGCUCGUCGCGGUGACGUCGGUCCUUCGCCAGCCUCCACCGGCCUCCAGCCGUGACUCCUCUGCUCACAAACACACAAACAGCUGCUUCUAGUCCAGGUUAGGUACAAGGCCGAGUCCCUGAAUGAGCUUAGAGACAAAAUGACCGCCGCUGCUCAGAAGUGAGAUGUUUUCCAAAGAGGAGGAUCUGCUGGAGGCCCGCUACCACUGUGCUUUCAACAUGAAUCGUCGUCUGUUUGUCUCUGUAGGUUGUGUAGUGACAGGAAAUGUGAAGAGAGAUUAUAACCAGAAACAAACUGGGGAAAAGGGAGGGGGUUCGGAGGGGGACUGGGAACUCUUGAGGGCUCUAAAGUCACUAUGAUGUCAGUUUAAAAUGUAGAAGAUAAGUAUUUCUGAGGGCUGAGCCACCAGAGAGGUUAAAAACUGUUAUCAGGACUUUGGUUCUUUAAUCUCUUAGAAAACUCAAGUUUUAUUAGCAUGAAUGGCCAAAUAUCUGCAGCAGAAUCCAACAUACUGAUUCAUAGUUUCAUACUGGUCAAUACUGGGCAGUUUGGCCACAGAUAUUCCCCUGUUAGUGAGCAAAUUAUCCACUUCGUGUUUGGUAGCAUUGUGGCUGUAAAAGAAGCUACUGAGGUGGUUGGAGGAGAUUCCUGGCUGACCAUCUCUGCCAUUUUUCCACUCAGCGUUCAAGAAUGAUCAGCAUCUGCUGUUAGAAACGGUUCAUUUUCUUAUCAAGUCCAAGAGAAUAAAGAAAAACAGACUCCAAGGUUGCUUUAGAAACAAAAUGUUGAGGCACAUCAGUCAGAGUCUUUUCACUUAUUCAUCUCAGCUGUUGCACACAGCAACUCUGUCUGUGGGUACUUAAAAAAUUACAUUUAAAUGAUUUUUUUAGAAACCCCAGAUCUGGAUCUUAUGAUAGCUUCUAGCUCCAAUAGAAAAUCCAAAAUGUGAAAUCUGAACUUUAUUCCCACGAUUACCUCUCCUAACUCUGUCUUUGAAAUUCAGGCGACUUCAUUCCCAUUUAAAUCCAAAAUACUUGCACAGAAUCACAACUGCUCUACUGAUGUUGUGACUUAAAUUCACUUAAGAAAAACGGUUUGCUUACAAACACAGAAUGAAAAGUUCUGCAGUUCAUAGCAGCAAAACUUCCCUGUGAUUAUAGAAAAUAAAGUUUAUUAUGAAUUGAGUACAAGGACGAGGGAUUUCACAGAUUUGCCUUCAGCUCUAGUGAAGCUAUGUGCGACUUGAUGCAGCAUAAAAACAACCAGACAUGAACAAAUACAAACAAGGAAAGCCUAGGGUUCAGAUAUAGAUAGCACAAAAAAGGACAAGGCUAAAAGGAUGACAUUGGCUCUGUCAGGGAAGCUUCGCUGCAGUUUUUGGACCGUUUCCUCUGCUGGUGUGAUCAGACGUUGUCAGUCCUCUCUGCCUUUCCUGGAUAUGAUUCUGAUAUUUUGCUCCUAUCUAAACUCGGCCUUAAGAGGGCUACAGAGUGAUUUCAGACUGUUAACACGAUCGAACGCUCCUCUCUGGUGGUUUUCCCUCUGAGUAGUUGGGCGUCGUGUCUCCUCUACCUGCCUCGGUGGUUCAACGUCAUGCAGGAGUUGAAAGUGUCCCUUUAUUCAGCAAACCUCACUGUUAGAGAUUAAUAACAGGUGUCUGCUGUUUUUAUGUCUAGCUCUUUUCACACAUGUACUGCUGAACAUUUCUGGAAAAUCACUGAAAUCUUCGUGAGCAUCUCUUUGAAAUGUGUCCCUCACAGCUGCAGAUUUUUGAAGGCUGCAGCAGAAGCCACUCUGUAGAGUUCACAACAUAUCUGAGAUGGUGAUGAAGCAACGAAGCCUGACACUAAGGCAGCAAAUGUUGCCGUUAUAUCGAAAGUACAUGUUAUUGGAUUCAUUCAGAGGAAAAGAAGAUGAAGCAGCUUCAUUAUGUUCAAGUACAUCACACCAACUGCUUACCUGCUGCAGUUGAUAAAUGUAGGGUUGGGUAGGUCCUAGACUGCGAUAUCAGAAGCUUUCUUGUGUCUUUAUGGGGUUAAAAACUGCAUGCAAACUCUUGCACACAAACACGCCGGCAGCCUUGUGUUACCUCAACAUUGCACGUCUUUUUCUGCAACAUACACAGUGUGCAGAAGUCUGCCUGCAAUUUUUAAGGAUUUUCUCCUCUCUAGUGCACCUUUCUUUUGAAAUAGAGGCCGUUUUCUCAAGCUUGUUUACUUUUUGAUAUCAUUAAUCAUUAAAAUAAUGAAGAAUAUAUCCUUAAAACAUGUUAUUGAAAAGUAUGGAAGCAUCAGAACCCGUUCUUGCUCACUCACGGUGAAUUUUCCUGAAUAUUUCCUGCUGCUUUUACUCAUUGGCUUACCCUGACUUCUCGCAGAAGCUGUCUAGAGAAGUCCAGAUGAAACCAUGGAAAAUAAAACUCUUAAACUCAUGCAGCUCACAUGAAAAUGUCUGUAAAUGUCCAGGAUUUUUGUACAUGUGUGAAAAGAGCUCCUUAGGUUAAAAGCGUCUCUGGCUGUUGUAACGAUGUUAAAGCAUCAGCAAUCUGCGCUGCACGUUUAGGAACUGUCCCAAGGUUGCUUCAUGCUCAGCUUUGUUGAUUUUGUCCUUAAGUUGAAUACCUAACAGCAGAGGGCGCUACAUUCACCAGAAUGCACGGCUGUACUUAAAGCUCCAGUGGAUGGAGGAGCUGAACAGGCAUUAUUGAGACUUCUUCUGGCUGUGCAUCGUUAAAAACAGCAGAAAUUUAAAUAGUUGACGUCCUCUUUCUACAAGCUGCAGAGACAACCUAGUAAUCCGUGAUUUACUACUUAACUAUAUAUAUUAUUGAUUAACCCAGUGGUAUAAGCCAAAAUGUGUUGAUCAAGAGCAGUUGGAGUAAUUUUUCAAAGCAAUUCCUGAAAGAAAUAUCCAUACUUUUCCUCUCCUGCAGCAGUGAACAGAAUCUGACCAGGUUUUUCAGACAGCUGAGUAGAAGAAGACUGUUGGAUGGGGUUAUAAUCAUGUGGUUUGACCUCAGGUUUGGUCUACUCAUGGGAAAUUUAUGUCACAACUUUGGAAAAAAUGUGCAAACCGAUGUAAAAGCAUCCUGUGUCAAUUUAAAAAGUUGAUGUUGAAAAAUGUAAAAAAGCUGCAGCCUUCUGACUAUAACUCAUUAGGUUGAUUUUUAUCAUAAACCAAUGCCUUAUUUAAUCUGAUUAGAUUCAGCUGCUACGAUGGAAACGGUGAUGAGCUCUCUUAACUAUUGGAUUAACUGUUUAAAGAUACUGAUGGCUCUUAGUCUCAUAUCGGCGUUCACGUCAAGCUUCAUGCCGUUUCUUUCUGAGUCCUUUCCAAUCAGCCGUGAAGUCCUCCAGGAGGCCGACGUUUGUGCCGUUCAUGUGAACCAGUUGCUUUAGACUAAAGUGCCUAUAAGACGUGAGGCGUGUCGAUUUGUAGGGGAGUUUGUGUUUCUGUGUUUUUAGCCCACAUCGAAGGCACGAUGUUCAUCACGUGGUGCCUUUCGUCUCUGUCGUCCCGGGAUGAGCUUGAGGACGGACGCUGAUGCUGGUUCUUGUCUCUGGGUUCAGUGUUGAUUUGAGGAGAGGAGACUCUUCGUUUUGUUGUUCAAUAAAAUCUUUUUUAUGACUGUAAACUUGUACGUUUGGUCAAUCUUUACAGAUGAUGUUCACUGAAAUCUUAAUUUUCUUUCAAGCUUGAUGAAAGAAUACCACAGACCCAGGUCAGAUUAUGAGUAUCUAAAGCACAGAGAGUGUUAAUAAUGCCGUAAUUAUUCUGAUGAUCUUCGGUUAAAAUGACUGCAGUUUUGACACUAGAUAGUCAAUGUUUUAGUUAUUCAUGUAUAUUUAGCUUGUCAAAUCUAAAGUGAUGCAUAAUUUUUCAUAACAAUCCUCCAAGGUUUUUUCUGCUUCUCUAAGCAUUUCUUUUCAUGAAUCCCCACAACUAGUCCCUUUUAAAGUUUUGCAAUCAGGGAUUUGACAGCUAAUCCAGCGGAGGUUUAAUGAGUUCAAUAAGCUUGACAAGAGGAGAGUUUUCU